GACUAUUUCCUUUACUUCUGAAUCUCGGAUCGCUAGAUACUUUCUUUCCAUCUUUGCAUUAUUACUUAUCUACAUGAUCGUAAAUACUACGUGAUCGUCAAAAGUAGUUGUGUUAAUUAUUAUUAUUAUUAUUAUUAUCGUUGCAAGGAAACUGGUUAGGUAGUAAUUCAAUUAUGGCAGAUGUGCUGGAUAUUGACAAUGCAGAAGAAUUCGAAGUUGACGAUGAAGGCGAUCAGGGUAUUGCACGUUUAAAAGAAAAGGCAAAAAGAAGAAAAGGUAGAGGACACGGUGCGGAAUUGGUGUCUACGCGUGACGAUGUUGGUCAUUACGAAUCAAUGAACGUUAUCGAGGAAGAUGACGAUGAACCAGGUCCUCAAAGAUCUGUAGAAGGAUGGAUUUUAUUUAUAAAUUCGGUACACGAAGAAGCUCAAGAAGAUGACAUUCAAGAUAAAUUUUCAGAAUUUGGGCAAAUAAAAAAUUUACAUUUGAAUUUGGAUAGAAGAACAGGUUUUCUGAAAGGAUACGCUCUGGUAGAAUAUGAAACAUUCAAAGAAGCUCAAGCAGCAAAAGAUGCUUUAAAUGGAACAGAAAUCUUAGGGCAACCAAUUUCGGUUGAUUGGUGUUUUGUUAAAGGACCAAAGAAAAUUAAGAAGAGGAGUCACAGAAGACGAUGAAUAUUUUGAAUAAAAAAAAAUUAUUUUGUACUUGACAGAUAUUGUAAAAACAAAAAAUAUUGCAAAUAUAG